AUGUUGCUCACCAAAAGCUCCGACGAGGUAAAGGGCGGAACUGUUAAAGGUACUUACAUAUUUUCGGCUAAUCCGGAUAUUUCAGAUAUUACAUUGGUUAUGAUGGUCGAUGAAGAAUACGUGGAUGCAAAUUUUGACCAAGAGGGCGAGAAUUCAAUGGAUGUCGGUCCAGAUGACUUUGGCCAUGUGGUCUUUUAUCGCGGCAUAGAAGGCCUUGGACCAUUUAGACCAAAGUCUCGCCGUCGGAGAUGGACUCAACGUGAUAUGACUAAUGCUUAUAAUGCUGUCAAAUACCAAGGCAUGUCGCUUCGGGGUGCAGCAACCGCAUUUAAUGUUCCUGAAUCCACACUACGUGAUAGAGUUCAUGGAAGGGUCAGCUUGGAAUGCAAUCGACCUGGACCUCCCACAUUUUUCACUUUUGAUGAAGAAAAGAAAAUGGUUGACCACAUCCUUUUCAUGAGUAAAAUAGGCUAUCCUUACACCCGAAAUCAAGUAGUUGAGCUUGCGGGUGACAUGACCAAAGCUGUCGGUCGCAUUGCUCCUUUUAAAUAUCUCAAUCCCAGUCAAGCUUGGUUCUACGCGUUCCUCAAUCGUUGGCCAGAUUUGAAGAACUUUCUUUUCGGUCCUCGUAGUAAUCGGAAAUCGAAAGGUGUGUCUGGGGAUGCUAUUCAGGCGUAUUUUGAACAGCUUGAUAAGGUAUUGACGAAAUACGACAUUAAGGACAAGCCGGAACACAUGUGGGUUGUAGAUGAAGUUAGCGUGAGUUGUGAGAACCAACCGCCAAAAUUGCUCCCAAUCAGUGUCCAGCGAGCUCAGUCUGUUAGUUAUUGGAGUCCCACGGUCGUGAUUAUCGGCGCUGGAAGCGCAGCUGGCGAAAAAAUUCCUCCUUUCCUUCUAUAUCAUGGCGAAACAAUUACUCACAGCAUGAUGGAGGGUUCAGUUCGUGGCACGAAAUUUGCCAGCACACCUUCAGGAUGGGUGAAUUCCGAUGCCUUCAUUCAAUGGUUCUUAAAGCACUUUCGUCCGCAGAUCGCAAAACGUCCCCUGAUACUCCUAUACGAUGGUCACCUACAGUUUAUCAGUGUUCGUGUCCUUGAACGUGCCAGGGAGGAUGGGGUUCUACUUUUUCCUCUACCUCCUCACCCGGCUUACAAUCACUGCAUUGAAAACACCUGUUUCCAUGCUUUUAAUUCUUACUUUGAUAAACGUUUGGAGCGGUUUUACCAAAGAUUUCCCAACGAUCCCAUCUCGAAACAAAAUAUAGCCCCAAUUCUCACACAUGCAUAUGAACGCGCUCUACAAGCUAGGAAUAUGAUCAAUCUCUUUGCCCGUUUGGGCAUUUGUCCUUUCAAUAAUCUUUCUACCUCAAUCGGAGCCUACUUGAACAUCCCAGAUGAUUAUGAUCAGGAGGAUUUCAUGUUGCAGCAAGGGGAAAAUGGUGAACAGGAACAUAGUCAUAUCCCUAGCAGUAGUUCUGGUCAUUGGGCAACUGCCAGCUCUUCACUCAACUUUAACUUUCAAAAUGUCCUUUCCGCCGAUUUGGAUUACAACCGACAGAUUUCGUCGCAGGUCUCUAUGCCUUUAAUUCCGAGACAUGAUCAAGGUCAAUUAAAACCUUUAACAACUGUCAACCCAGUUGUUGGACCUCUAGGGGCACCAACGGUCCAAACAUCAUCUCCUUGCAUUCGCGUUAUUUCAACCAAUGCUACCACUACUCCAAUUACUAAAGGAAAACCCUUACAGCUCAUUCCAUUGCCAAAGCAAGUGACUCCAACAUCAGCUCCUGGUUCCCACAUUGCCAUCCGUUUUCCAACCGUUAAAGAAAAUCCUGCCAGUCGACCUAUUCGCAUAUCUCAACAACCACCACAAUCCAAUGCUGCUACUAGUAGCAGUGGUAGUGGGCUUAUUUCUACAGUACCGUCAUUGUCUUCCAUGAAUCCUUUAGAUGAUUUUCCUAGCCAACCAAAAGAUGUUGGCCAGAUAUUGUCUCUAAGUGGUGAGGAUGGUGGUGUUAUAGAUGACAUUAAAGACGCGACUGUAGCUCCGGGAAUCUGUGCAAUUUGUGGACAGUUGGAACCUCCUGGAUUUGAUUCAGAAGCAGAUGAUUCUGAGCUUCCUGUCGUCGAUUGGAUAACAUGCAAUUACUGCAAGAGAUGGAUGCACUUGAAUAGUGAAUGUAGUCGCAAUGCUAUACUCACAGACAGUGCUUUUAUGUGUGCUCUCUGUCGUGCUGAAUCUGAAUCUAUUAUGCCAUCUCAGGAUCCAGUCCCGCAGAACACGGAAGCUCAAGAGCAGCCAGUGGUUGUUUUGUCAGCCACGCCGACAUCAACGCCUGUUUUAGACUCUCAAGUAUCUCCAAAGGAAGAGCUAAAGUGA